AUGGAAACGAGGAGCGGCUCCAAGCUACGACGCAGCGGUCGAAAGAACCGGUCGUUGAAUUCCAUGCUGGUUUACGAUUAUGCCCUGAGAUGUGCCAUUCGAGCCUACCUGGAACAAACGAGCGGGUCAUCUCCCAGCAGCAACAAGGAACCUAAAAAGGAUCGUACCGAGCGGCAUUCUAUCCAUAUGGGCAUGGGCAUGCUCGGCUCAUUGACCGAUGUGUUUGGCGAAGACGGCGGCAAAUCCGACAAGUUGACACGCGAAAUUGUACGAGGCUUGUUAAAGCGAGUUGACAAGUACAAGACAUCCAAAGAUUUGACUCGUAUCGACCAUGAAGAAAAACUGUUUCUCGCUGUCUUGUCCCAGUUUCAGGCCAAACUUCAAAAGCAGCGAUACAAGCCGACAGGCAGCGUCAAUGAUUUGGUCGUCCAGUUCCUUCAAACCAGCCAAAUCGAGUUGAAAAAGUCCACCACCGAUGCUGCAGCCAUGUAUGAGCAACUCAACCAGUACAUGUCCAAGUUUGCAGAAAUCGUUAUCCAAACCGUCCAAGAAGAUGCGCCCUCAUCAGCCACGCCAGAGCUUAUGGAACGAUUGAAUGGAUUUGUGGCACCCGUCAAAAAGACCAGGAGCCAUCAGGAUCAUCGUCAACCCUCCACACCUGGCACCCCCGUAGUCGAUGGAUCCAUUGAAGCAUUAGAACGGUUCCCUAUGGUGAUCACCGUACAAAACUUGUUCCAAGUCAGUGAUGAGGAUCAUCGUAAAAAGUUACAAGAACUACAACCCCUAUGCACGGAUGCAGCUCUUUUGGUCGAUUUAAAGAAAUGCAUCAACAAUGUCCACACCAAUCAAUCUUUCCCUGGUCGUCGUGAAGAUUUCCCAGAUCAACAAGCCUAUGAGAAUUGGCAACGUCGAGAAGUGAAGCAGCUGACCGAAUUGAUGAAUACGCUCAUGUUGAUGAAACCCAAUCUUGCAUUGAGCUCAACGGGUGAAAGGGACGUGGGCUCAUCCAAUAUGCUUUCAGGAGAAUCGGGUCGUUCAAGAAAUUCAGUGCCUGCAAGUGAUUCGGUGCGGAACGAACAAGCACCCUUCGCAUUCAUUCCAAAUGAUCCAAGAUCUUAUUUCCGGAUGUUGAUGAGCAUGUGUAUCGACUAUGACACCGACGUGGUCCCUGAAAACGAACGUGCAAAGACCAGUGUUCUUUCUCAGCAAUCGGAUGAGCUGUUACGUGAAUGUUGGAGAACAUGGCGAUUGUCAGCCCCGUUCAGAGCGGUGCUUUAUUUGGAAUUUGUCAAGGCACGCUAUGAUGAGGAGAAAUUGGACCUUGAGGAUGUCAAGGAUUCGGUGCGUGCUUUGGACAAGGUUAUCAAGGAGAACGACCCAGCCACUUGGGCCAUCAAUGACCGUGAAAGUUUGAUUCGCACAUAUGAAGGCUUGAACCACACGUUGCUACAUGAGCUGGAACAUUGUUUAUCCAACUAUUGGAAAGUCAAACCUGAUUGGGUGUAUGGCUUGGUCGCCAUGUUGGACAAGAUUUAUGAAAACCCAGCAUAUCAAGAAGAUCACUCGGAUCCGCUUUUGACACUCACACGUUUGGAAGAAACGGUGGAGGGCGCUGCUGUUAGCAGGUGGCGUACAUUGACAAAGUCGGCAUGCCCUGAUGGUCAAGAUACACUUGAAGAUCUUUUACCGCUAGCAGACAAGUUGAUCAAGGAGCUUAGUUCAAUCAGCACUAAAAAGUUCACCAAGCCAAUCAAAGGUGUAUUGGAUGUUCGGGGCAUCGUGAUGGCAAGACAUAUGCCGCUCUUCACUCUCAUGAUUGGAAAUUGGGCGUAUUCACAAGAGGCCCGGGAAGCACCUGUUGAAGUCACAUUUGAGCUCUAUCACAAGGUUCUCAGUCUAAAGCGAUUGUAUGAUCAAUAUGGACCAAAGAAAAAGGCCGAGUUGUUCAAGGUCGAAUCUUGGUUCUUACAACAUGCACGACGAUGGCUCACAACCACACAUGCUGCUACUCCCGAAUGGGUCGAGAAUGCUAUUAAGCAGGAUGAAUUCAAGAUGAUCAAUGAUACAACGGUGCAUUCGUCUUCCAUUGUCGAUCUCUUUAGUAUGUUCCAUCAAGCUGUUGAUUUUGUACAAAGUCUACAAUGGCCCAACGAACCACAACGUUGUCGAUUCUUGACAUCACUUGCAAAGGUCAUUGCGGUUUCAUUGGAGCAAUAUACUGAGAUACUUGAAGGCUUUGUAAGAGAAGAAUUUGAGUACCAGAGGAAAGAAGCAGGAGAAGCAACAUCACCUGGAUCUCUGUUCGACAUGGCACGAUAUCAGCUCACAGGUGGUCAAUCAUCUCCAAAGGAUGAGAUUAAACCCCAUGAUGUUACACCUGAGGUGUGUAUCAUGAUCAAUGAUAUCGAGGCUGCUCGUAGUAGAUUGGACAGGUUAUACCAAAUGAUGGAUGUGGACGAGAUUGCAGAACGUAUGCGAGAAUUCGGCUCACCCACCACACCUGAACGCAACGAUCAAGUGAACUUUUUGUAUACCAUCCGGAUCGUGCGUGCUGAAAAUCUACUGGCACUCGACAACAAUGGCUUCAGCGACCCCUAUGUCGUGUUAGAAAUCAACAAGGAAGAGAUUGCUCGUACAAGGACAGUGUACAAGUCACUGACACCUCGAUGGGAUCAGACAUUUGACAUUUGCUUAAACGAACGAGAGGCUGAUGUCUUGGCUAUCGUGUAUGAUGAGGAUGUUAUUGGCUCCAAUGGUGAAUGCGGCAGCGUAUGGUUCAAGCUUUCUCCCAAAUACUAUGAUGAUUAUCAGACCCAUGAAUUCACGUUACCAUUACAUCCCCAAGGCAAGCUGCAGCUCAGAGUCAGCAUGGUGGGCGAGAAGGACGAUAUCCAAUUUUGGUUUGUGAGAGCCUUCCGUACGUUAAAGCGUGCUGAAAACGACGCCGCUUCUUUAAUCGUGGACCAGAUGGGCCAAUUUAUGCGCUAUUGUCUAUCGCGCAGGACGCUUGACAAAUUGCUACGACGUGAAAAGAGUUUCUUCUCAUCCUUCAGCAGCAAAAUCAAUAAGCAAGUGGAGCCAAGUAUACAGGAUUGUGAGAAUGCCAUUGCACCUUUGCUCGACUAUCUUGAAAAGAAUCUAAAGACGCUCAAUGAUAAUCUAUCCGAAACGAAUAUGCAAUUGGUGGUAGUCAAGAUUUGGAAUGAGGUGCUAAACAGCUUGGAAGCGGUAUUACGGCCACCCAUGCCCGAGACACAGCAGCAAGAUGUAGCUUCAUUGGAUGAAUAUGAAGAGCACGUUAUUCUCAAAUGGCUCGAGUUGCUUAAAAUCUUCUUUAAUGGUGGUGAGGAUGGUGAUGCGGUACCAUUGGACAAACUCGAGAAUAAGCACUACAAGAGCCUUCUUAAUGAAGUCAGCCAUCAACGUGAUUCAAGACAUGAACGCGACUCGAAGCAUCUUUCAUAA